CUGGCCACUCUGACGUAGAACUCAAAUUGAAAUGAUUGUUUAUUGUUUGGAAUUGUUUACUGCUACGUUUCGGUUUCUGUUGCAUGCCAUUUAGAAAUAAAAUGAGUGUAUUACUGUAAAAUGGGAGCAAAUGCUUCGCAGUUGGAAAAAGAAAUUGGACAUGAUCAGUUUCCAUCUAAUGAACAUUAUUUUGGAUUAGUUAAUUUUGGGAAUACCUGUUACUGCAACUCUGUUUUACAAGCUUUGUACUUUUGCAAACCAUUUCGGGAGAAAGUGCUUGAUUAUAAAGCAAAAAAUAAAAGAACCAAAGAAACAUUGCUAACAUGUUUAGCUGACCUGUUUUAUAAUAUUGCUACCCAAAAGAAGAAAACUGGUACAAUAGCCCCCAAGAAAUUUAUUGCACGUUUAAGGAAAGAAAAUGAAGUGUUUGAUAAUUAUAUGCAGCAAGAUGCCCAUGAAUUCUUGAAUUAUUUAUUAAAUACAAUAGCUGAUAUCUUGCAAGCAGAAAAACAACAAGGAAAUAAAGUGAAAGCUGUUAAUCAAAAUGGUGAACAACAACAGACAUCCAAAUCUGAGCCAACCUGGGUUCACGAUAUUUUCCAGGGAACACUUACAAAUGAGACACGGUGCCUGAAUUGUGAAACUGUCAGUAGCAAGGAUGAAGAUUUUUUGGAUCUAUCUGUAGACGUUAAUCAGAACACUUCCAUUACCCAUUGUUUACGAGGUUUCAGUAAUACAGAAACAUUAUGCAGUGAGCAUAAAUAUUAUUGUGAAAACUGUUGUAGUAAACAAGAAGCUCAAAAAAGGAUGCGUGUAAAAAAAUUGCCUAUGAUUUUAGCCUUGCAUUUGAAACGAUUUAAAUACAUGGAACAGCAAAACAGACAUACGAAGCUUUCUUACCGUGUUGUGUUUCCUUUGGAGUUAAGGCUGUUUAAUACAUCUGAUGAUGCCUACAAUCCAGAUCGCUUGUAUGAUUUGGUAGCUGUUGUUAUUCACUGUGGUAGCGGGCCUAACAGAGGACAUUACAUUUCAAUUGUUAAAAGCCAUGGAUUGUGGCUCUUAUUUGAUGAUGAUAUUGUAGAUAAAAUUGAUGCAUCUGCCAUUGAAGAUUUUUAUGGACUUACCUCUGACACCCAGAAGACAUCCGAGUCUGGAUACAUUCUUUUUUAUCAAUCCAAAGAAUGAACAUGUAUGAAUAAAUAUAUAACAUUUUCUAAAACACAGUAAGUAAGGUUUCUAAUGAGUUGACUGUUGAGGUUCUUUGCUUUCAUUUAUUGAGUUAUAGCCUAGAACUUAAGUGCUCAUCCAUAAAAUCUUCCUAAGAAGUCAUUUUGUCUAAAGAUCAUCACUGAACUAGUUUGUAAUUUCCCAAUAUUUGGUUUACGUUAUUCUUGCUUGGUCUUAAAUUAAGAAGAAAUAUUUGUUCUGAGACCACCACAGUGUCAUUUCAUAAUGUUGAAGAAAUUUUUCUUUUGACACUUUCUAUUUGUCUGGGAUUUUUAAUUUUUUUUUUUAUUUCGUACACACAACACUUCCUUUUAUAAUUGUUUAAUUUUUUGUUUUCAUGAAUGUAAUAAAAGAUUUUGAAGGACUUGAUAUUUUUUAAUGAGUUUUCAAUUUUCAUUUUUGAUUGCUGUUUGUUCAAGAACUAAUAUUGUGUGUUGCAUAAAAUUUGGAUUUAAAAUUAUAUAGCAAGACAUUUUAUUUAAUGCUUUAAUUUUGAUUUUUUUUUUCAUUUUAAGCAUAUAUUCACUUAUAGUUUCAGCACAAAUCUUUUUGGUAAAAUCUGAGUAUGGUUUGUAAAUGAUAAUUUUUUCUUUUAUUCUAUUUCUUUGUUAAAAAUUUGGUAGAUUUUUUUUUUUUGCUCGUUGCCUUAUGAAUAUUCAGGAUUGACCAUGAAAAUCUGGUCUAGCUCCUUCAAUUAAUAACUUGGCCAGUUUUUCGUAUCUCAUCCUGUAGCUUAUAUACUUCAUUACUCAAGGUCUUUCAGGUUUUUUUCCCCGAGUAAUAUUUUUGACUAUGUAGAUAUUUUGUUCAAUGACAUCAUCUUAAUUUCUUUUAAAUUUUAAUUGUAUUCAUAAUUUAAUUAGUAAUAUGUGCUGUACUUAAAAAAAAUGUUGGAGAACAAUACAUUUUUUAAUGCUUUUACAUUUGUUUUAAAAGUUAUGACAAAUAUCAACGUGUUUAUCUAGAACAUUUGUAAGUGGGAGUUCUUUUAAUGUAAGAAAAAUUAUGUUAUUAAUAUUAUCAGUGCUAAUAUUGUAUUACCCUACACCAGCCAGCAUGUGUCAAAAUUCACACACCAACAAAGGGUUCACCAGGGUUCCACAAACCCUUUCCUGAAACUUUCCAACAUGCUGGAAAGAACUAGGGUAGAAAAAUGUGUUUAAUUUUAUAGAAUAAAGAUACGUUUAACUUAAAUAUUUAAGUUCUAUAUCUUUUUAUAGACGUCCUAUCAAUAAUAAUAAAAGGUUUUAUUUUGUUAAAAUAUUAAUUUACAAUUCGUUUUUAAUUAUUCUGAUAUAAAAUAUCUGAUUAAUUAUGAUUAAUUUUACUAAAAAGAAAUUGGCAUGCAGCAAGCAUUUGUCAUCAUAAAAUUCAAAUAUUUCAAACUUAUAUAAGGAGAUAAAUAUAGCUAUUUAAUCAAUACAAAAUAAACUUAGCUCUCCAAAAGGAUUUAAAAAAAUUUAUGUUGAGAAAAUAAUAUUUUUGGGUAAUAUGGUAUUAAACGACUUGAUUACCUGUGUGAAGCAUUCAUGCUCAAAAUGUAUAUCCCUGCUGUAAAAAUACCAUGUAAAAACACCAUAUAUAAAUACUAACAUAUUUGGCUGGUAGAAAAUUACCUCAAUAACUCACUAAUUGAAAUAUGACUUAAAAAUGCAUGAUCUGUCGUAGUUCACUGUGCUAAAUGGGCAUAUGCAGUUCAAAGAAAAUAUCUGCAUUUUUUCAAGAGCUAUUUAAUAUUCCAUUUUUGUUUAUCAUUUGAUAAGUAAGAAAAUCCUAAAGCAAAUAGUACCAAAAACAUUUAACAUUAACCAAACUAUCAACGUGAAACAUAAGUCUAAGUCAACCAUUGAGACUGCCCAUAAUUAAAAGUUUAAGUAAAAUACUGGAAAUAAGUAUUUUUAUUUUUAAAAAUUGACAAACGAUCCUGCGCUGUUAUUGCUUCUCUCUAAAUGACAAUACAGAUCCACUCUUUAACAGCGCAAGCAAAAGCUUGCAAUUAAUUUAACUAAUUCAUUGAAAUACCGUUUUUUUUAAAGUGUAGUUUUUUGAAAAACUUGUAUACUGGAAAUUGUUUUUCUUUUCACUGAUAGUGGUAAAGAAAAUACCUUUCAAAUUAAGCUUUACUUAUGACGAUUGAUAAGGUGUUAAGGAAGUUCUAGUGUAACCACGAAAAAAAAAAAAAAACACAUUUGAGAAGUAAAAUACAAGAUAUUUUGUUUUUUUAUGAAGGGGGGGGGGGGGGGGAGAUAAUUGCACUGCAAAAUACAUAUUUUCAGAUUUGAAUUCCUUUCCAAAAUGUUUGCUUAAAAUUAUUUCCUGUAAUGUUCAAUGAAAAUGAUCUUUCAAUGAUCGGAAUAUGAUAUAUAUGAACUUUCUGCUGAGGUUUAUGUUGUAAGGAUUAAAAUUUGAUUUGGAGUGCUUGACUUUACUAUACACGAAAUAUAAUGUUUUAUAAUAAUGACCAAAAUGGAUACUAAGCUAUUCUGUUUAAUAAGGAACUUUCAAUGAUAAAUAAUAUAAAAGCAUCUUAUUACUCUAACAUUAAAUAACACUUUCAUGAGACAAGAGUAAAUCAGCAAUACUAUGGAACUUUUAAGGUAUGAAUCAAAAAAUGAGCGUACUUGCCAAUUACCCGAAGGCACGCCGCCCAAAAUUGGAAUUGCACCCUGCAUCAUUAGGUUGAAAGCCUAAGACUCUAUUGUCUAUGCUAUCUGGGCAAUCUAAAUUGGUGGAUCCAAAAACGUGAAUAAAACUACUGGACAACAAUACUGUACUGGGUAAAAGGAGUAAUCUCGAUUGGGACUAGUAAUUUUUUUUUAAAACUAAAUGCCAAAAACAGUUAUCAGGAAAAUCUGCAUCCGGAGAUUACAAAGAAGAAUCAUUCUUUUAUACAAAGAGGAUUCUCUUUAAGUCUUGAAUUUUUAAAAAUGGCACUAUGUUUUAAGUUUAUUUUACACUAAGUUUUUAGAGUAUGUUCUUAGUAUGAAAUGAGGAGCAUUCCUGCUGCAUUAAUUCCACUGCCUAAGGUGCUGUAUGCAAAAUGUUUGCUUUAAAAAGUUGACUCAAAGCCUGGACUGUUAAGCUAAAAGAUGAAUGCUUUGCCAAAAAAAAAAAAGAUUUCAAUUAAUAGUGAUUUUAAUUGGAUAGAAACUGUAGGCUGCCUCAAGGAGUCUGAAAGAAUAGAGUUUUCCAUUGCAGUAAUUUUAAUGCCUUAAGUGUUUUAUGCAAAAUACUACUUUAAAAAUUCUACAAAAGCAGGCAUCCUGAAGACAGACUGGAUCCUGGAAUCAUUUGGUUGAAGCCUGAACGCUAUUGACUGAGCUAUCCGAUUCUCUCUCUUGUGAAUGCAAGUGGAAAUUAUGUAAUUUAACAAAAUGUACCCAUCCGGUUUCUUUUAAGUUUAAUUUUUAUGAUGUGAACUGUGGGUUUAUUUUUCGUUGAAAGCGGGAAAAAGUACCUUUAAAAUGAUACCUUACUUAUGAAGUUUGAUGACUUAUUGGGGAAGUUAGGGCGUUUCCACAUAAAACACCUUUGAGAAAUAAUAUAUAUAAGAUUUUUAAUUAUAAAUAUUUUUUAACUAACAAAAUGUUAUUAAGUACUGAGUUAUUGAAAGAUUAUCACAAUACCCUCACAUUUUCCGAAAUCUUUUGACGCACACUUGACACAGAUCUAGAAACUAUUAUGUCAUUUUAAAAACCUUUACAACCAACUAGUUUAUCAUUUAAAAAUUAUUUUCUUCUUCAUCAUUGUUUUCAUGAAUACUCAACUUUUAAAAAUUUGUUCUACACACAUUUUUAUUCUUAACCCAUUAUAAAAGCCGCCCUCCCCCUGCUUUUCUCUCUUCUUAAAUUCAGUCCAACAGAAUGUUUCACUUCAGGUUUUUUAGCUCUCGCUUUGUCAGAAGGUAGAUUUCUUUUUUUCCUCUUAAAUGAAUUUUCCCAAGGAACGAUUUUUUUUUCUGGUUUUGUCCAGUCUUGUACAGAAUGCUUCGGUAUAAAAACGUAUUUCUCUGUUGCAACUAUAUUACCAUUCAUCUUACCGAGUUUAUUUAAACUAUCUAGUUUAAAAGCCAAUGUGUAGAUCCUAGAUCUUUUUGGCUGAAUAUUUUUGUUCGUAAAAUAGGAAAGGAAAAUGCUUCUUGGCUUUAUUUAACAAGGGAUAGUCAGCUGACAGAAAAAAACAGGGCUGUAUUUGUUCCAUCAAAAAGAACUUAGGACCUUUAGGAAGGGGGAAAAAAAUCAGGAAAUUAGUUUGUUUGUUCCUUUUUUUUUUUUUUUUGCAAAAUGAACCCUGGAUUUCCUGGCAUGUUGGUCAAACUCAUUUAUUUCUGGCAUGCUGGCUGAUGAGAGGUAGUGUGGUAUUUGUUUGCCUUGCUGUAUAUUAUCCAUUUAGAAAUGGAAUUUUGACCUUAUAUUUUUAUUUAAUAACUUUUUUCUUUAGAAUAUUUUUGUAUUCCUAUAAUAAUAAAGAUACUUUGAUGCUUUCUCAUUACAAUCAUUGCAUGUAGAGUUCUAUAAUAUCUUUGUGAAUAAUAUUGUAAUUUUAUAUAAAGAAGUGAUGUACAUAGAAAGUUUUACUAUAAGUAUAUACUAUCAAGAUUUGUCUCUUUUGCCUUUCUUCUAUGUAUAAUAGUUAUUUAUUUACAUAUAAAUAAAAAUAGUGACGGUCAUUAAAAAUUCUGUCAUGUUGUGUUCUUAAACAUAAAAAUUGAAACUCGUAUUUUGCUUCCUUUUACAAUGUUAUAAAAAGGUUGUUUAAAGUUUUAAAAUGUUCAGCCAUCAUUGGAAAUAAUAAUAAUUAGUAGAUAAAAAAAAAAUUAAAACCUCUGAAUCAAAGAAAAUUUCUGAAAAGUUGUGUUAGUAGUAUUAAAAAUUAAGACUUUUUUCGACAUUCCUUUAUUUUAGAAACUAAAUGUCACGUGGCAUUUUAGUGACAAAUAUCCAUUUCAUAACUUGUCAAUAGUGAACUGUUGUUGAACAUAUCUUACAGCUAUGAUUUUGAGAUUUCUUUAACACCUCCAUAUUGUCAUUCAUUAAAAAUAGAAUUAAAUUUGCUUACAUUUCUAUUUACAUUUGUUUAAAAAUAUCUUACUGCCUUAUACUAUAGAACUAUUUAUUAUUUGAUUCUAAAAUGAAUCAUGUAAAUUUUUUUGCGAUUUAGAUGCAACUAAACCAAAUGUUGGGAAUAUCUAUCAUGAAUUUCAUUUUCAGUGUGUAAACUGCCUUACAUGUGAAGCUCAGCUUUCUUUUGGUGCCAUUAGUUGCAUUAUUGUUUUAUGCAUUAUGUACACUUGACUGAUGUUUCUAGAUUACUUGUGCAGUUGAGCAUUGCAUAAAGUUAUUCUUUUAAAAGUAUUAAAUUAAGAGUUUGAAUAUAUUUUUUUCUAAUACAGACGUGUUUGCAACAUUUUUAGCAAUUUCCAGUGCAGAGCCAUUAUUUAAGUUACAGUGUCUUCCAGGCAGUUACUGUUCAAGUUCCAGCAUUUUAAUGAGUAAAUUAUUUUUAUUAGGUAUAAACUUGGUUUUGAAAAUUAUAUAUUUAUCAUUACGAAUGUAUUCUGUGUCAGACUAGAUUUGAAUAUUAAUGGAAUCAUAUUUGCAUAUUGUUGUAGAAUAUAAAUUUUAUUGUAAAUAUUUUGAAAUUUUUUUACUACUUUAAGAAAUUUAUAAAUAAAAACUGAGAGUCAAUUUUUAAAAUGUAAAUUGAGACAAAUUUAAAAAACUGAAUCUAUUUUUUUCUUGCAAUAUUCAUGUCAUACAUAGUUCAGUGCAAAACUGAGUUUCAAAUUUUUACUAUAAAAAGGUUACAAUAAUUAUUUUCCAAAAAUUAUAUAGAUGCUAUAGAAAUUCAAUGAUAUGACUUGUUAUUGUUUUUGUUACAUUUUGAAAUUCAUUAUGAUUUAAUUUUGUUAGUUUAAAAGAGACAAAACUGAUUGCAUCCUUUACGUAUGUUUGACUGAUCUCACAAGUUCAUAUGGAAAAAGAUAAAGCAUUUGUAAAGCAUUGUUAUUUAUUAAAAUAUAUACACAAACUAU